CGUUCAUGAGUGAAGUUAUUUCCGUGCAAGAUGGCGGAAAAAACUAUGUGCAUAUCACAGCAACAAACAAAACCUAUAAAAAUUUUAAAAUGGAAAGUGAGCGAAGGGAACACUGUUUCAAUCGGAAGAGUAAUCCUUCUGUAUGAUUUUGAUGGGGGUUCCAAGGUGGAACAACGCAAGUUGAAGGUAACACAGGCCGGAACAAUUUUUAAGAUUGUGGCGCAGGAAGGCGCCAUUGUCAAGCCAGGCGAGACUUUAUGCGAAUUGAAAGAAUGCACUCAUCCGACGGUGAUGAAUGAUAUGUGCGCAGAAUGCGGCACCGAUUUGAGGAAAAACGAUGUCAGUGUCGCGGCUUCAGUGCCCAUGGUGCACGCUAUACCUGACUUGAAAGUCAGUGAAGAGCUUGCACAGAAACUGGGCAAGGCGGACGUUGAGCGGCUCAUUAGAGACAGGAAACUUGUCCUACUUGUGGACUUGGACCAAACUUUGAUUCACACAACUAACGACCACAUUCAACCAAACAUCAAAGAUAUUUAUCGUUUUCAGUUGUAUGGUCCAAAUUCACCCUGGUAUUUCACACGAUUGAGGCCUGGAACCCAUCAGUUCUUGAAUAAUAUUUACCCAUAUUAUGAACUGCAUAUUUGCACUUUUGGUGCAAGGAAUUAUGCGCAUAUGAUAGCGGCGGUUCUGGACAGAGACCAGAAGUUCUUCUCAAAUCGCAUUCUCUCGAGGGAUGAGUGCUUUGACCCCACCAGCAAAAAGGCGAAUUUAAAGGCUUUAUUUCCUUGUGGAGAUAACAUGGUGUGUAUUAUUGACGACAGAGAGGAUGUGUGGUCAAACGCCGCAAAUUUGAUUCACGUCAAGCCCUACCAUUUUUUUCAACAUACUGGUGAUAUUAACGCUCCUCCUGGCUUAGACAAACACGAAAAUGAUAACAAGGCUGGGGUUGAUUUAACAAAAAUCAAAGACCUGAAAAAGGACGAACAAAUUUUGAAUAACGACGAUAAUAGAGUAGCAGAAAAUGACAGUGAUAAAAAUAGUGAAAGCAAAGAUGAGAAUCAGGUUGUAAACGAAAGUGACAGUAUAAAAAAUGAAACUAAAGAAAAUACUCAAGAUAGGGAAGAAAGUAGUAAAGAAAAAGAGGACAAUAACGUGGAUGAAAACAAGAAAGGUGCCGAUGUGAGCGAACAAAAAAUGGAAAAUGUUGACGAAAGUGAAUGUAAAGGUGUGAAUGGCGAAACGGUAACCAUUGACGAAAAUCCAUUACCUGAAGAAAGCAAAACGCCAACGGAAGACACCAAAACCCAUGAAACAAAAAAUGCAAUCGAAAUAAACAAUCAUUUAGUAGAAGUUGAAGACCCUGAUGACUACCUUUCCUAUUUGGAAGACAUCCUAAAGCGUAUUCAUCAGACAUUUUAUGACGCUUAUGACAAAAUGGAAUCAGGAGAGGUUCCUGACUUGAAGAAGGUUAUUCCCAUGGUCCGAAGUCAGGUGCUACAGGGUUGCAAAUUGGUUUUUAGUGGCUUGGUGCCGACUCACAUCAAAUUGGAGCAAUCAAAAGCGUAUCAAAUCGCUAAGAGUUUGGGUGCUGAGGUUACUCAAGAGUUGGAGGAGGAGACUACACAUUUGGUGGCUGUUAGACCAGGGACUGCUAAGGUUAACGCCGGUAGAAGAAAGAAGAAUUUGAAGAUUGUUACACCUGAUUGGCUGUGGUGUUGUGCUGAACGAUGGGAGCAUGUAGAUGAGAAGAUUUUUGCUUUGAAUAGUAAAGGGUCAAAAAACCGGCAUCCGCCGCCGCAUUGCAGCAGUCCAGAGCAUAUUAUAAGUUAUCCAGAGCACAACACGCCCGCUAUGCGAAAAAGGACGCCCAGUGGAAGGUUUAUGGACACGAUUAAUCCUCUCAUGUCAUUUUCUAGCGCGGAUAUAGCAGAUAUGGACAAAGAGGUUGAAGAUAUUCUGGAUGACGAGAGUGAUACUAGUGACGAAGAGAAGAACGCGAAAGGAACUGUUGUCAAUUCUGAAGAAGUACAAGAAAAUAGUAGCAGUAGUGAAGAUUCUCUAGGUGAAUAUCCAAAAGGCUUCAAGAGAAAAAGAGAAGUUGAAGACGAAGCUGAAAAUGAUCUCAACAAUAGCACAGAAGAUGAUGAUACGCCUAGUGUGAAAUUUCGACGAGGCGAGACUGUAGAUAGUGAAGUAGAUAUGGAACCUGAUUCACAAGAAAGUGAUGGAAGUGUAGAAGCUCCAGACGAAGUAGACGAUGGGGAGUGGAAUAUGAUGGGUGCCGCCCUUGAAAGAGAAUUCUUGUCAAAUAAUUAGAGUUAAGUUUUUAAGCCAUUGAUUAUUUUUUUAGACUUGCAGUAUUAAUAGUAACAAUGAAAUCUGUUACCUGAAUAUUUAAUAACUUCACGCUGAAAGAUUCUUAUUUAUAUAUAGAACGUUUAUGUAACUAUUUUCGAUUGAAUUCUGUGCAGAUUUUCAAAUAAAGACUGUUGACAAUGUA